AUGCAGCAGAAGGAGAACUAAUGAAGUCACUAACGGAAUCAUUCACACAGGCGAGUAUGUCCCCAGGCACUGAGAGGAGGAGGAGGAGGGAUUGCACAUGUGCGCAUUCUGCUGCUGCCACACAACUACACAUGGCUCUGGGUUUGUCAGAGCACAUACAGCACUCAGCCUGACUGCUACAUGGUUACACCGGCCAUGCUUACAUCUAGGGAGCCAGUCUGUUCCGGUCCUGACAGAUGUUCUGGAUACAGCGGAUGGGCUACUCAAUGCUACUGAUCAGGGAUCACUGGUGAAAGAAGAGUAUAUUCUCCAUUUUUAUCAUCAAAAUGAUCUGCUGAUGGAGAGGGGGCUUCAAAUAAAAUGGAUUAUCUUUAAUGUGACAGUUCUGUGGCUUCUGAUGAAAACAGGUCCAGUGUUGAGUAAUUUGGGAAUAGUAACUGCCAGUCCUGGGGUUCUCCUGCCUCUGACCUCCUCAGUCAAUAUUAGCUGCUCUCUCUCAUGGAUUGCUGGAAGUCUCAAGAUUAAGAAAAAAAACAGCACCCACGAUUUCUUCAUAAGGCAGCUUUUCAACACCAACACAAUCACCGUACAUGACAGGGACCUGUCUCCUCGGAAGGCAACAUAUAUGUGUCUUGCCGAUAAAAAAAUUGUGAAUGGAAUAUACGUGGAGGCUGGAAGAUCUCCAGAUCGACCAAAAAUUGUGAACUGUGAGCAGGAAGGUGCAUUAGGAAGGAUUUACUGCAUAUGGAAAGAAGGAAGGGAGACUUUCAUCCAGACCAGUUACACGCUGCAGUUAUGGCAGCGGAGUAGUGAACUUAAUGUCACUGUUGACAGCAUGAGGCUUGGUGGUGAAUAUAUUGCUGUGAUUACAGCAUCCAAUGGACUUGGAAGUAACUCUUCGCGGCCUUAUGCAUUUACCUACUUUGAUGCAGUGAUUCCGCACCCACCAAACAAGACAAUCGUGUGUGACACCAUUUCAAGCAACUGCAUUGUAACCUUGCAAGACUCUCAAAAUUCAUCCCACUUCCAAAUAAGAUAUCGGCCUGCUGAUGGCACAAAGUGGCAAUGGGUUGAAAUUAAAAGACGGAACAGCUAUACUAUGGAGGGUCUGCAGCCAUUCACAAGAUACAAAUUUCAGGUCUCCUGUAAAUUCCUGAUAGAUAGAGGGAAAUGGAGCAAUUGGAGCCAGCCAAUUAUAAUACAGACUCCAGAAGGAGUGCCAAGUGGAAUGCUCGAUGUGUGGUACCGGUUGUGGGAUAUUGAUAGCAACACACAGAAAAUUAUACUUUUCUGGAAGCCCAUGAGCCCAACUGAAGCACGAGGCCUGAUAGUGCACUAUGAAGUGUUAUUUUACAGAGGGAGUGACAGGAGCCCAGUGCACAAUCACACCUCCAGAGACACUUGGCUCAGCAGAGACAUUGAGAGGACAAGAUAUGUCAUAGUGGUGUCAGCUCAUAACUCAAAAGGAAACUCCCCUCCCACACACAUCACUGUAACCACUGAAGACAUUUCAGGUGUUGCUUUUCCUGUUAAUGUGGUGGCUAAAUCAAGUGAUAAUGAAAAUAUGACUGUUUCCUGGGAAAUUCCACAAUACGAUAAAAUCUUAGAAGUGGAUUACAUAGUGGAAUGGAAAGAACAAAGGAAAAAAGAUCCAAGUUACACAAACUGGGUGAAAGUUUCCAAGAUGAAUCACUCUGCAACCAUAUCAGACAUAAGUCCCUAUGUGUGUUAUGAAUUCCGAGUGUAUCCUCUCCGGGAUGGAAGAGCUGGAAUACCUACUAUGACUACAGGUUCUAUCAAACAGGAAGCUCCUCAAGUUGAUCCUGAGUUUCAUUAUGAAGUACAGAAACUUAACAGCAUAUUGGUCACAUGGAAGGAGAUCCCGCCAGACAAACAGAGAGGAUGUAUUGUGGAGUACACCAUAUACAUGCAAAACAUGUCUUCAUCUAAGCAAUUUAAAGUUCCAGCUAAUCAGUCCAUGAAACAUCAGUACAAGAUCCCAAACAUUCAGCAAAAUGUGCGAUAUGUCUUUAGAAUGAGUGCUUCAACUACAGCUGGGGAAAGCCCUAGAAACUUAUGGAAGGAAAUAUAUUCUGAUGGAGAAGCUUCCAAUCAAGAGCUGCUGUAUUUAUGUGUAAUAAUCCCACCAUUUGUAUUUAUGUUGUUCUGCCUAUGUUCCAUACCAUCAUUAAGAGAAAGAUUGAAGUGUUUUCUCUACACGUGCAACAAGAAAGUUCCUGAUCCAGCAAAUUGCCAUUGGGCUUCUGAAUUUACAAACCACAAGGACAAAAUGGAACAGUUUCCUAGCCCCUUAACAAGUACAUCGACCUAUGAUGAAACGGAGACCUUGGAGGUAGACGAGAUUGACAGCGAUGAUGAAGCACAGUUUUCGCCUCCUAUGUAUAUCAUUACUAAAGCAGAAUCUGAAACCAAUAAAGCAUUGCGUGCUGAGAAAAUCCACAUAUCCACAACAGAGGCAGAAGCUCCCAUGAUGCCCAACCUGUCUAUUCUGCCCUCAGAAAGUUGUUGUUACAAGUCUUUACAGCCUAAAGAACUUGUCAGUACAGAACAUGUAUCAGAUUACUUGGUUAACCAAGAAAUUACUGUGGACUAUCUGCCCACAGACAUAGUGAGCAGCAAUAGUGAAAACGAGGAGGAGUGCAUUAAAGGUGAAAUGCUGUCUCUAGAAUUUGUUUUGCCCAAACUCCAUGUAAGUAAAGGGAUGCUUAGGCUGGAUGCUGUGAAAAUCCGUUCAAUUGAUAUACCAGAAUGAGCAGUUUAUACAUUAGUAGUAGAAUAUUUUUACACCCUGGAUUUUUUUUGUAUGGAUUACAGGAGAAACCUUGGUCAGGAGAGUGCCCUGCCUGGACUUGGCCCACUGCCAUGCUAUAAAAGACUUUAAGGACCUUAUGUCGGGCUCCCAUGCAUGAUUGAGGAGUUAAAAUAAAUUAUAUAUGCUAUGCUUGGACCAAAUUUGGGAAAGGAUAAGGCAGGAGCCAGGUGUUAUAUGCAUUAGACAUUUCUUAAAGAUCUAAUUUGUGGUUGUGUUUAAAAAAGAAAUAAAAAUAAUGUACUGUUUUCAAAAUUUGCAUGCACACAGUUUAAGGGAUCAUUGUUCCCACACAAAUAAGCAAAUGACUGGGUGAGAUUCCUGAUCUUUCCAGUUACCCAGAAACCACAGCAACCUGUGGCCAAAGAAAAGGUAUCUGCCUUAACUAGAAUUAGUAACUCUUGUAUCUCACAGGAUUCCCAGGUAUGAAAACUUGCUUUCUUUGGAAGAAAAUCUAAAAAAAAAAAAUUCUUGUUGCAAAUGAAUCAGGCACACUAAACAGCUUUUGGCAGAAUCCUCCCCACCCCUAGAAGCUAAGCAUGUAGACAUGCUGCACUAUAUGGGACUUCACUAGUUUAAAGUUAGGGUUGGUUGCCAAAAAGGUUAACGGCUAAGCACUUCGAUUGGUGUGUUCCCGAUACUUACCCUGAGAAUAUUGUAAACAUCUAUAAUUAAAAGGGGAUCAAUUCCCCAUAUAAUGUAAAAACUUAACUGAUACUUACCAAAGAUAUUGCCUCCGAGGAAGUGGAAAUAGCAGCAAAAGGAAAAAUUCCCCUAAAUAUUGCAAAUAUUUAUUUGACGCUGUGAUAAGGGGCUCUGCACAAUUAAUAAGUACGAGUAUGUAAUCCUGAGAAAGAAAGUCAGGAAAGCCCUAAACUAAUAGAGCAAAUCCUUUUCAGUAUUUUCUCAUGUCCCUUAAAAUUGCUACAUUGUCACUAUAUGGUAGCUUGCUAAAAGGUAGUUUGUUACACUAAGAUUGUAACAUUUCAGCUUAAUUGAGCUGACAGAAAUCCCCUAACAGACAUAAGGCUAUUCUUUGUUUUAGUCUUUCCUUUUUUCCCUUAAAUUUGUGUAUUUUAACCACACGAUUUUAAAGUAAUAUUAAAUAAAGGUUAUUUUAUGGUCCAA